GUCGGACCUAGACCUCAUAAUUAUUAAAAUUAUCCAGGAACAUAACGAGAAUCUUCCCCGCAAUUUAGAUGUGAGCGUUGAAGAGCCUCUGGGUGAAAUUUAUUAUGAGAUUGAGAUAAGCAAGAUGUGCUCAGCAAGAUAACCGGAAAUGCACCCGAUCAGAUCGGAAGAGCUCCCGAUAUCACUGACAGGAGUUAACCAAAGCAUAUGUGGAUGAAGCUACAAUCAAUGGAAUACACCCCCGCAUUUCGGCGGCGGAGUGAUCUUUGCUGCAUCUCAUGAUAAAAUCUCUAUUGCAUUCUUAUAACCAUGAAUCUAUCACCAGAGUCCCGUGUCAAGAAACGAUCAUCAAAUGCCUGCCAACGAUGCCGGAGACACAAGAUCAAAUGCUCCGGUUCCCAGCCCUGCGAUACGUGCAGGAAGCGAAAGUUGAACUGCGUAAUCGAUGACCGUGCCCAAAAGGUAUUGGUAACUCGAGGUUAUAUUGAGGACCUGCAGAGGAAGGUAGCCUUGUUGGAACGAAGUCAAGAGUUGCCCAGUCCGCAAACUUUCUCGGACGAUCUAGAUAGACCAGCUUCUCGUACUUCUACCAAGCCACUUUUCCAUCUAUUGAGAUCGCUAAUUGUUAAAGGUGAUACUACAGGGCCUUUUGAGGGUACCGAGUGGGAGCAGGCUGAGAAUGACUCCGAAAUGACCAAUCCACUCUCGACGGGUCCAUCGACGUUCAUGUCGACGGGAUUUGGUCGGAUAUUCUACCUGGGCACCUCAUCCAACUGGUCGUUCGCUCGAAAAGUUCUGGGCAUGAUUCACGAGCAUCUCUACGACUCCCCUCUCCCAACUGACAGGCGUCACUUCGACGAGACUGCCUAUGAGCUGGGCUGGGAUGGCUUGCGGACAUCUAUAUCAUCUGAGGUCCCAAUGAUCCCCACCCUCGACUUCUCCAUCUAUCUCCUCAACGCGGUAAAGUUUCAUGUUGGCCAACUAUUUCAUGUCUUCGACGAACCGUCCUUUAUGGAAGGUUUCUACGCCUACCACGAGAAUCCUGUGCAUCAGACCACCGUCGAUCCCCUGUGGUAUAUCCAGUACCUAUUGCUACUGGCGUUUGGCAAGGCCUUCUCCGUACAACGAGGCCCGAAUCGUUGGCCUGCUGGAUGCGAACUUUUCGUCAAAGCGCUACAGCUCCUACCUGAUUUGACCCAUCUUUACCAAUAUCCAAUGAUAGCAACUGAGAUUCUGUGCUGCGUAGCACUGUAUCUUCAGUCGCUGGAUUUCCGUUCGUCGGCCUAUGGCUUUAUCGGCCAAGCCGUACGACUUUCUCUUGCUUCCGGUAUGCACACAAACAUGCCAAUUGACCAUCUAGGCGGAGAAGCCCUCCAGCGCCGACGCAGAAUUUGGUGGACAGUUUACAUCCUCGACCGCCAAAUGACCUCAUUGAUGGGCCUUCCGCAGUCCAUUGAGGAUAACCAGAUCUAUCAUGAACUCCCGCUCUUUCCCGAAUCACCGCAUAAAGUCACUGCGCUGAGUAUGCAGAUUAAAAUGUGCCAGAUCAUUGCGGAUGUUAACCGGACUGUGUAUGGGGUCGAUGGUCGUCUCAAUCGAAAGUUCCUCUCGAGUACCAAAACUGCUCUGGGGAAUACCGCCAAUCUCGAUACAAGAUUACAAGAGUCCCAUCGUCUCGAGAUAGACGAGUCUAGUCCGAACGGGGUGUCUCGUCUGUCAGCUCAUCUCCACCUCUUAUACCAUCAGUGCAUAGUACUAGCAACACGGCCGCUAUUGUUCUGCUUUUUGAAAAUGCGACUUCAGAGCUUCGAUCCAAACGCAAAACCUUUCACCUCCUCAGCUAUCGUUUGCAAGCUACUUCAGGUGUGCGUCGAGUCUGCCAAGCAAAUGCUGAGCAUCCUCGUCAUUCUGCAGAAGCAAAGUUUGCUAGACAGUUUCCUUCCCUUCGACCUCGAAUCCACAUUCGUAUCCGCCCUGGUCCUCUUACUCGCACCCUUCGUCGACCCAUACCUCCUAGACGACUCACAACCAUGGCUCCACAAGGCAUACGAUAUUCUAGACGAGAUGAUAUAUCGGGGUAACCAAAUCGCCGCUUUUCGCAGAUCAGAUCUUGAGCAACUGCAUGAUCUACUCAGAGAGUCAUCGGGGCUAUGUGACCGUCGUGAGGAGAUGAUCUCGCACAUGUCGUUGCUUUAUAGUGAGGAGAGUCAUAUUGGAGAUGCCAAUGACUUGACGACGGCUGAUAUUAUGGCUGUUGCAGAGUCAAUAGGGUCUAUGGAUGUGGAUUGGAUGGCACAUGCUGUUACGGAGAAUUGUAUUUGGUAAGUUGUGCGGUGAUGGUAGUGUUGUUGCAACGCAAGUGAGAUGCUUUGAACUUAAAGCCAUAGGGCUGCGUCUCCAUUAGGAGGUCCGGGUAGAGAUCAUCCUCAGCUAGACUAAUUCAGGAGAGACUUCUGCUUCUUCUUAUAUAGCCCUAAGAUAGCACCACCAACUGCAAAGUCCGUAAGACUCACACCAACACUCAUAUAAACAACAAAGCCCUCCGAG